AUGCCUCGAGGUCAGAAGAGUAAACUAAAUGCCUGUAGGAGACGGCGCAGAGCACGAAAUGGUGCUCAGGCUUCUGAAGGUGCACAGGAAACAGUAGAGGCAGCAGACCAGUCCUCUCCUGAAUCUUGUCGUACCUUUAACAUGCCAGAGAAAGAAAGUAUUUUCAACAUACCUUUGGAUGCCCUUUCUUUCAACAUAACAGAUGAAAGUUCCAUUGGUAAUCUAUAUGAUGAUGAUGACCUUUUUGGGGAUUACCCCCUCAGUAGUCGCCAGCAAGAUGUUUUAGCCAGAAAAGUCUUUGUGCUGUGCCAGCUUCUCCUUGACAACUACAAAAUUAAGCAGCUUACUACAAUGGAAGAUAUGAUGGCGGUUAUUGAUAAGGAGGAAAUCAAUGACUUCCCUGAGAUCCUCAGAAAAACUGCUGAGAGGCUUGCAGAUAUCUAUGCAGUUGAAGUGAGGGAAGUUGAAUCGAGCAGGAAAGUAUACGAUCUUAUCAGCAAGCUGAAACUUCCCAAUAAUGGGAGGGUUCGUCCUGGCAAGGGCUUGCCCAAGACCGGUUUUCUGACGACUGUCCUGGGAAUGAUCUUAAUGAAUGGCUACUUUGUGGAUGAAGAAGAUAUGUGGAGAAUGCUGAGAUCUAUGGGUGUGUAUCCUGGGAAGAAGCACCUAAUUUAUGGAGAGCCCCGGAAGCUCAUCACUCAAGAUUUGGUGAAGCUGAAGUACCUGGAAUACCAGCAGGUGGCCAACAGUGAUCCUCCAUGCUAUAAGUUCCUGUGGUGUCCCAAAGCAUAUGCUGAAACCAGCGAGAUGUCUGUCCUAAAGUUUGUGGCCAAAAUCAAUAAAAUCUCGUAUAGUUACUUCAAGGAUCAUUAUGAAGCGGCUUUAAAAGAGGAGCAAAGGAAGAAUCAAAGCAGCCAGGAAGUCAGUCCUAAAACUUCCAAAACCAGUCUACUUUCCAUGGAGAUAUGCCCAUUGUUUACUCCCCUGCCCAAGUUUAGAGAUAUUUUAUUCUCCAGAAAAUAA